AUGAACUUCCUUCGAAGGAGCAGGGAGAUUGGCCACCAAGGGAAGCACGGCAAGGAUGGGUACGCUCCCAGAUAUACCGACAGGCCUACGGGGUAUACAAACCACCGGAGGUAUUCUUAUUCUUCCGCAGACGAGGACUGCCCCCCGAGGGCUCCUCACAGUUCCACCUUCGGAACGAUCAUCUCCCCAAGUGACAAAAGGGGAUACGCGGCCAGCAGCUCAAAGAACUGCCCAUGCAAGUGCUGCCCCCAUUCGUCACGCCCGCCGGCGUCGGCGAUAGCGAGCAGCAGACGACGAAGGUGUGGGCGGCCUGGCUACGGCGAGGAUCCAAAGGAUGAUCGGCCGCCGGAGUCAUCUAGCUACCCAAUCUCAACCUAUCAAAGUCUUUCAGGCGGCCGCCAUGAGCCCACCGACACGCACGAGGUUCCAUCUGGACGGCACAGGUUAAUUAAUGACAUGCGUGGUGGUGGUCCCGCGGCUAGCAGUGCGAAAAGGAGGAGCAGGGCCGAGCAGGGGAGCUGGACCAUCAACGUCGUCGACAGAACUGACAGGUCCCGAGGCAGGCAUCACGAUGCAUACGGGGGACGGCUGAUCCCCCUUUCCCUUUCGAGGGACGCGAGCGCCACCGAAAUCAUGGAUCGGCUGGCACAUGACGGCAGACGAAACAAGGUCGUGGUGCACUGGAAGGACGGGGCGCGAGAGAACUUUGACGAGUAUGUUCCCGUGCGGGAUGCCCGUGAAUACGCCUCUCACCUCGAGGUCAAGAGGCGCAAGAACGUUCACUGGAUAUAG